GGGGUUUGCUCAGCAUUUGCGAUAAUUGCUGUGCGAUAUACAAUGCUAGAAUCUUCGUUUUCCCACUUCCUUCACUUCUUAACCUUGUUGGCUUGCCCCCAUUUCGCCUGGCCCCGGUAUAUAAUGAUGUGGGAAUGGGCAAAUAGGUAGCGUCCUCCUGUAUAUACCAAGGAGCUCCAGACUUGGGUCAGAGAUGAUGCAGAGUGUCAAAUUCGCAGAUGACAUCAAGUAAAUACAUCCCCAUGGACUUGAUAUGGUCUAAUCAUACAUGUGCGCCAUUUGACCCCUCUUAGGACAGUCGACAGCUUUGUGACCAGUCUGGUGGCACUUGUAGCAGGUCAUGGCUUUUCCAGCAGGUGAGAACUGGCUCCCGCCUCCUGAGGAAAUACCACCACCAGAGGAUAUUGAUGUUGGCUUGCUUAGCUUCACCUCUUUUUUCUUCCUCUUAUCCCGGAAUUCUUUGGCUUUGGCACUCUCUGCAGUUGGCCGUGACCGGGAACGGGAGCGUGAACGGCUUGGGCUAUCACUGGAUGGCUUCCGCUUUUGUCCAUGCGCCGGUGUAUUUGCGUCGUCUGAGUCCUCAUCUUCACUCUCGCUCUCGUUGUCUGAUGUCUUCUGGGAUUCUGGUUUCUGUCACGGUCAGUCAGCAGUCUUGGUCCUAUCUAUCACAGCAUAGUGAUCGACAUGCCUGGUUCGCCGCCUUCUUGAAGCUAUUUGUUGAAGUACGCCCGUUUCUCGGCACGUCCUCAUUAUCGCCUGAAUCAUUAGAUGAAUCCAUAUCACCAUACCCAACAUACACGACAUUGAGAGGUGCUUUGGUCUGACUUGCAGCUUUUAACCCAGCAAAUGGGUUGUCAAGAACCCAAUGUGUGUCGGCCCCAACAUGCUUCUCCAGGGCCUCUUGUCGUUUGGUUUCUUGUGCAUCAAGAGCGGCUUUGAUUGCAGCCUGGUCAAUGUUCAGGUCAAGGCGACCCGCCGCUGGGGAAUGUCCAGUCUUUCUUUUCUUGGAUGAAUGUGUUUCUGAAUCCGGGGACGAGUUUUCUGAGGCCACUGCCCGUUGCAUAAACUUCAUAGUAAGAAGUCUCGAAGAGACUGCUCGUGGUGUUUCGGGCGCCAUGAUGAAUGUUCGUGUCAACGAUUAUUAUAUUUGCGAAGACGCUUCGUAGGUGAUGUAGUAUAAUUCGAGUGGGAAAAGCUCCGGUGGCGCAAACACGUGGAGAGGCUAUAGCUACAGGGAAGAAAACGGCCCUGUGUAUUAAGUUAAUUCAUGAAGAUCGAUUUACAAACUCUUGUAGUGAUUCGAUUACAAGAGGGCAAAAAAACCGUGUUUAUCGCAAAACGCGAUGUUCCUUACCCAGGCGCAUUACCUCCGUCUAGAAGAACAAAAAUAUUUCGGUCGCGGAUAAACCAGGGAUCCGGGGCUGCAAUCAUCACCAGGCAAGUUCAAUGCCUCACAUCCACGGGAAGAUCAUUCAGCGCCGACACUGACGACUCGAUCCGCACACCGGGAAAUCGACGAAUUUACAAUGGCUACGUCUCAAUUGAGAGCAAUUGGAGUCUUUGCGCGCAGUGCGCGCCUCUCCCAGCGCGCCUUUACCACCUCCGCUCGGCAAUUCGAGGCUGCUGUCUCUACCAAAACUAACGAGACUGCCCCCGCCCCCGUCAACGAGAACAAGCCUGUCGAGAUCAACCAAGCUCCCAACCGCGUCGGUGUCUGGUCCCGUAGCCAGAGACCACGUUCUCAGGCCAUGACCGGCCCCCGUUUCGAGCAGACCGACUUCGAUCUUCAGCCUCAACCCAAGGCCGCCAUUGAGAUGAUUCACAAGCAACCCGUUACAUGGACGCACGAGCGCAUUGUUGCCUGCAAUGGUGGUGGUGGUCCCGAGGGUCAUCCCAGAGUCUUCAUCAACACCGACAAGCCCGAGAUUGCUGUUUGUGGCUACUGCGGCCUACCUUUCGCCCACGAACACCACCGCACCCAUCUCGAAUCCCUCCCAGAGACUUCUUACCCUCUGUCAUAAUCAGCAUCGAACGAUAGGACCGGAAAGGGAGGGUUGCUAUCUGGAUCACUAUCUAGACAUGUGCUAGAGGCAAAAGGGGUCCGUGUACUGUGAUGUUUCUGAAUGGAGAACUCAAACUUCUGUAUAUACUCCGCGAAUACAAUGAAAGAACAAACCGACAGCUUUCCUAGUGCGGUCUUCAUGUCUAUUUGCUCUGAUGGCAUGUCAAAAUCACCAUCGAUUCAACAUGUUGUUAAGAACUAUCACAAAUAUCCACUGAAGCGUUCGGAUCCUGAAUUAUGCUGCU